CUCUCAGAGCUUGAAUCGAACAUUACAAAAGUCAACCUUCUCAUGCUGUUCCGCCUUGCGCGGGAGACUGGCGCAGGCAUCGCAGGCGACCCUUGCACGGCAAUCACCGCGGAUCACACGCCCGAGCAGCGCGAAGCAUUGUGGGAAGAGCUUUACGCGCGGGGCGGAUUCCAUCUCCAGGCCAACAACUACCGCGACUACCUGAUCGACGAGAGGGCAAACCGGCUGCUGUACGACUUCUGGGUGAAGAAGACACGGGAGAGGGUGCCAGAUACGGGAAAGGCAGACGUUGUCGCGCCGUUUGAGCCACCCUACCCCCUGGGAACCAAGAGGAGCAGUCUCGAGCAUGACUACUACGAGAGCCUGAGCCGCGACAACGUCGAGAUAGUCGGGCUCAAGGUGACGCCUAUCCAAGAACUCACAGAGAAGGGGAUUAGGACGGCGGAUGGCGUAGAGCGCGAGUUUGACAUCAUUGUGCUGGCCACCGGUUACGAUAACUGUACUGGCAGCCUCACAAACAUGGGCAUCCGAGGUUGCGACGGCAUUGACUUGAAAAAGAGGCGGGCGAGGGGUGUGAAGACGUUCCCGGGGAUGGCCACAGCGGGAUGUCCUAACAUGUUUAUGAUUUUUGGUCCUCAGGCCCCGACUGCGUUUAGCAAUGCCCCUGUGUUCAUCGAGAUGCAGGUAGACUUCCUGGUCGAUGUCCUCAAGAGGCUGCGCGACGAGGGUGUGCAACGCAUUGAGGCCAACAAGGCAGCCGAGGACGCGUGGUACGAGACGGUGCAAGGUAUCAGCAACGCGACGGUGUUUGCCAAGGCAAACUCGUGGUACAUGGGGUCCAACAUCCCCGGCAAGAAGAGGUAG